CCGGGCUGACCCCGACCCAACAUGAGCGCUGUCACCCACUCGCCCAUGGUGCAGAUGGCGUCUGGCAACGGCGCCGGCGACCGCGACCCUCUGCCCCCGGGCUGGGAGAUCAAGAUCGACCCGCAGACCGGCUGGCCCUUCUUCGUGGACCACAACAGCCGCACCACGACGUGGAAUGACCCGCGCGUGCCCCCCGAGGGCCCCAAGGAAACCUCAUCCUCUGCAAACGGGCCUUCGCGGGAGGGCUCCAGGCCGCUGGCCACCAGGGAAGGGCGUGCUGUGUACCCCCAGCUCCGGCCGGGCUACAUUCCCAUCCCCGUCCUCCACGAAGGCGCCGAGAGCCGGCAGCCGCACCCUGUCUUUGCCUACCCCCAGCCCGGGGCACAGCGGUUCCAAACCGAGGCGGCCGUGGCGGCCCCGCAGAGGUCCCAGUCCCCUCUGCGGGGUGUGGUGGAGGCCACCCAGCCAGAUAAGCAGUGUGGACCGGCAGUGGCAGGCGCAACAGCCCCGCCGCCAGCCCCGCAUGGACCUGAGCGAUCCCAGUCUCCAGCUACCUCGGACUCCUCGUCCUCGUCCUCCUCCGGCAGGAGCAGCCUGGGCAGUCACCAGCUCCCCCGGGGCUACAUCCCCAUCCCUGUGAUACACGAGCAGAAUGUCACCCGGCCAGCAACCCAGCCCUCCUUCCACCAAGCCCAGAAGACCCACUACCCAGCUCAGCAGUCUGAAUACCAGACCCACCAGCCUGUGUACCACAAGAUCCAGGGGGAUGACUGGGAGCCCCGGACCACGUGGACAGCAUCCCCAUUCCGGUCACCCGUCCGGGGUGCGUCCAGCAGGGAGGGCUCUCCAGCCAGAAGCAGCACGCCGGUGCAUGCCCCAUCGCCCCUCCACCUCUGUGUCCUUGCCUCUUCUCAGCAGCCCAUGACUCAUCGAGAACCGUCACCUGUUCCUCAACCUGAAAACAAACCAGAAAGCAAGCCAGGCCCAGCAGCUGGACCAGAUCUCCUUCCUGGACACAUCCCGAUUCAGGUGAUCCGCAAGGAGGUGAAUUCUCAACCUGUUUCCCAGAAGCCCCCGCCUCCCUCUGAGAAGGUGGAAGUAAAGGUUCCCUCUGCUCCGGUGCCUUGUCCUCCCAGCUCCGCCCCUUCUGUUGUCCCCUCUUCCCCUAAGAAUGUGGCUGCAGAAGAGAGAGCAGCCCCCAGCCCAGCCCCCGCAGAAGCCGCACCUCCCAAACCCGGAGAAGCUGAGGUGCCCCCGAAACAUCCAGGUGUGCUGAAAGUAGAAGCCAUCCUGGAGAAGGUGCAAGGGCUGGAGCAGGCUGUGGACAACUUUGAAGGCAAGAAGACAGACAAGAAGUACCUGAUGAUAGAAGAGUAUUUGACCAAGGAGCUUCUGGCCCUGGAUUCGGUGGACCCUGAAGGAAGAGCUGAUGUCCGCCAGGCCAGGAGAGAUGGUGUCAGGAAGGUUCAGACCAUCCUGGAAAAACUUGAACAGAAAGCAAUAGAUGUCCCCGGCCAAGUCCAGGUUUAUGAACUCCAGCCCAGCUCCCUUGAAACUGAUCAGCCACUGCAGGAAAUCAUGGAGAUGGGUGCCGUGGCAGCAGACAAGAGCAAGGAAAGUACUGGAAAUGGAGAAGAUCCCAAAACCGAAACCCAGCACCCAGAAGCCAAAGAAGCAGCAGCUCCAAACCCCAGCCUCACGACAGACACAGCUGCCAACCCAGCAGCACCGUAGUCUCCACUAAAUAAAAAUCCACCCCAGAGACUGGGGACUGAUUGUGUGCGUUAGGGAGUUUUAAGUUGCAUGCACUUCAGGGACUGAAAAUCAGUUGGUUUUUACUAUUCAUAGCCGCUUGGUACGCAGUAACUUGGGUGUAGGCAAAACACUAAUAAAAGGGCUAAAAGGAAAGUGAUGCUUUUCUUCCGUAUUCUUAUUCUGUACAAAUAAAGAAGUUGCUUGUUAUAAAAGUUUAACCGCAUUGCUUGUCAUUUUGGGGCCCUCUCUCUGCACGGGCCCCACAUGUUAGCUGUGGAUGUGAACUGUCUUCCUAUAGCUGUGGACUGAAGGAGUUUUUUGGAGGAUGGAUGGGGAGUCAAUUUCCCAUCACUAAACAGGAAACCCAUUUUUCAGAAGUGUUGCCAUUUUAAUGGGAUGAUUUUCAUCAUCUCAUAGCUAAAAUACUUAACUUUAGGUAGAAUAAAAUGUGUUAGGAGCCAUAGGAAUGUCUGUAUGUUGGAUGACUUUAAUGUUACAUUUUAAAAAAGGAAAAUAAAGUGAUAAUGUAACUCAGAA